CCAGAUAUUGUGUUGGUGCACUAUCUAAAUGUUCCUGCCAUUGAGGACUGUGGGAAGCCAUGUGGCCCAAUCCUAUGCUCUAUAAACACAGACAAGAAGGAGUGGGCAAAGUGGACAAAAGAAGAACUGAUUGGACAGCUGAAACCUAUGUGUGAGUUCUCCCUUAAAGUUCAUGGCAUUAAGUGGACAUGCAGCAAUGGGAACAGCAGUGCAGGGUUCUCUGUGGAGCAGCUAGUUCAGCAGAUCCUUGACAGUCAUCAGACCAAACCCCAGCCUCGGACGCACAACUGUCUUUGUACUGGCAGUAUAGGAGCUGGGAGCAGUGUACACCACAAAUGUAACAGUGCCAAACACCGCAUCAUAUCACCAAAGGUUGAACCACGGGCAGGAGGCUACAGUGCCCAUUCUGAGGUGCAGAACAAUGAUGUCUCUGAAGGCAAAAAUGAACACAGUCACACAAAGGCCAGCAAAAGUGAGAAGAAGAAUGGCAAAGUGGCAAAACCUGUACUUCUUCACCAAAACAGCACUGAGGUCUCUUCCACUAAUCAGGUGGAAGUUCCUGAUACUACUCAGAAUUCCCCCGUGUCCAUCAGCAGUGGUUUGAACAGUGACCCUGAUAUGGCUGACAGCCCAGUGGUUACUGGUGUCUCCAGUAUGAGUGUGGCAUCUGUAAUGGGUGGCUUGCCACAGAACGCAGCAGUAUUUAUGUCAGAGGUCACAAAUGAUUCUGUGUAUACCAUGUCACCAACUACUGGCCCAAACCAGCACUUGAUAUCUUCUGAUGCAGCCACUCAAGGUCUGGUGCUAGCAGUUAGCUCAGAUGGCCACAAGUUUGCUUUUCCGACUGCAGGCAGCUCGGAUAGCUUAUCCAUGCUGUCCACCAAUGUAUCAGACGAUCUGGUUCUAUCCACAUCAUUGGACAGUAGCAGAAAGAUUUCAGAGACCAGUAUGAACUUUGACCCUGACUGUUUUCUUAAUAAUCCCAAGCAAGGGCAAACAUAUGGUGGAGGAGGACUGAAAGGAGACAGAGCAAGCAACUUGAGACAUUCUCCUACAACAGAAGGCAGUUUCAACUUCAGCGCAUCCUUAGUAAAAGAAAUCAAAACAGAGGAUACUUCUUUUGAGCAGCAACUGGCGAAGGAGAAUUUCUCAUCUAACUCCGUACCCACUGCCCUCUCUUUGGUCCCUGGCUCAACUUUACUUCCUUCAGGUGGGGGUUUGAGUCCCAGCACUACCUUGGAGCAGAUGGAUUUUAGUGCCAUUGAUUCAAACAAGGAUUAUGUCUCAAGUUUUAGCCAGCCAGUUCAUAGCCCUCACAUCCACCCAACUCCCUCCCCCAGCUUCUACCUGCAGACUGCCAGUAAGCAGCUUUCACAAAUGGAUCCAAACACACACAACAACCUCAGUGAUGCCAAUAACUCUUUUGUUAACUCUUUAGGACUAGCAAAUGUCAAAUCAGAGUCCCCAAGUCAAGCAUCAUCCAAUUGCAAUGGAUCUGUGGAGCAUUCAAGAAUAGAUUCUGCCUCCUCCCUCCAGCUCAUGCAGUUCCAGACCAGCUUCCAGCAGAUCCCAGCAGAGCCCGAAGUUCCUAUGGAAACAGCUCAGCAGAGGGAUGCAAAUGAGAAUCUUUUAAAGUCUGGAGAACUUCAGUCCUGCAAUACAGAACACUAUAUACAGACAGAUAACAAUGGGGACUUACGUAAUGGGAACAAUUUACCCAUCCUUCAAGGCAACAUGGUGCAAGGACUGUACCCUGUGGCCCACCCGGUGCUCAGUAACUCCUCUAACAUGGAGAUUAACUUGGACCACUUUGAUAUCUCCUUUAGUAACCAGUUUUCUGACCUUAUCAAUGAUUUUAUAUCAGUAGAGGGUGGGACUAAUCCAAUCUAUGGGCAUCAACUAGUAGCAGGAGAAAACUCUGGCUUGCCGCCACAGCAACAACAGCAGCAACAUGAGGAUGGGGAGCAAGCAGCCUAUGGGCAGGCAGAGAUGUGUAUACCUUGCUGCAGUCCACAGCAGACCAGCUUGCAGCUAAGUAACACCGAGAGCACUGCUGGUACCAUGACAUACAUGCAGGUAGCUGAAGUGGUGUCUGCACAAGGUACCUUAGGAAUGCUGCAACAGAACAGGCGGUUAUUUCUAGUUACAGACUACUCCCCAGAAUGGUCAUACCCUGAGGGUGGAGUGAAGGUUUUAAUCACAGGUCCCUGGCAAGAAGCCAGCAAUAACUACAGCUGUCUGUUUGACCAGAUCUCAGUGCCUGCAUCACUAAUACAACCAGGAGUGUUACGUUGCUAUUGUCCAGCACAUGACACGGGGCUUGUGACAUUGCAGGUUGCCUUCAGCAGUCAAAUCAUCUCCAACUCUGUAGUGUUUGAAUACAAAGCAAGGGCCCUGCCGACUCUACCUUCCUCCCAACAUGACUGGCUAUCACUGGACGAUAACCAGUUCAGGAUGUCUAUCCUAGAGCGUCUGGAGCAGAUGGAGAGGAGGAUGGCUGAGAUGACAGCAUCACAACAGCAGGGGACAGGAAGUGGAAAUGGAGGCAAUAAUGGAGGAAACCAAAGUCAGUGUGUCUCAGGAUCUGGUGCUGUAGGAAGCUGCUUUGAAAGUCGUGUUGUGGUGGUUUGUGAGAAGAUGAUGAAUCGUGCAUGCUGGGCCAAGUCUAAACACCUGAUUCACUCAAAGACAUUUCGAGGGAUGACUCUGUUGCACCUGGCUGCAGCACAGGGCUAUGCUACCUUGAUCCAAACACUCAUCAAAUGGCGCACCAAACAUGCUGACAGCAUUGACCUGGAACUGGAGGUAGACCCUCUGAACGUGGACCACUUCUCUUGUACUCCACUGAUGUGGGCAUGUGCACUUGGUCACCUGGAAGCGGCAGUAGUCUUGUAUAAAUGGGACCAUCGAGCUAUUUCAAUCCCUGAUUCACUUGGGCGAUUACCACUGGCCAUUGCCCGCUCUCGAGGUCAUGUGAAGUUGGCUGAGGUCCUUGAGCAGCUGCAGAGGGAGGAACUAUGUCAACUGGAUCAAUCCCAGAAAGUCCAUUGUCCCCCAGGAACAGAUCCCAGCACAGACAGCUGGAUUGCACAGUGGCAAAAUGACACAUCUACCAGCACAGACUGGCAGAAAGGAAGCAAUGUGAAUUCCAAUUCAAAUCCAGACCUGAGAAGACCAAGGUCAGAGCCUUCCAGUUACUAUACCAGUGACAGUCCAAAAGACUUUCCAGCUGCCAAGAAACACAAGCUGAAUCCUGAACAUUUUCAAUCCAAACAGGAGAAGUUGAUUUCUGCUGCACUAAGCCUUGAAAUUCCCCAUUCAAGAAAGCAGAGCUGUGUUACAAAGCAAGUGGAAACAAUCAGUGCUGAUACUGAGAAGAAGGAUAUCAGUAAGGACCUGUCUCACCACUUGCCAGAAAUAGUCACUAUGCACAAGGUUUCUGGCAACCAAGCUGGACUAAGGUGGCACACAAAGGAAGUAUUCACCCCAGCAUCAGUGCAGCCAUCAGCAGCUAGAAAAUGGACUGGUAGGGAAGCUGUCUUGCACAGGCUGCGCCAGAGAGAGCAGCAGAUCAGCAUGUUGAUGAUGUCAGAGAGGGAGAUGGCUGACGUGGAACUGCUCUCAUACAAAGAUAAUGUGGAAAAUGAAGACUGUUUACAGCAGAUGGACGAGCUGCAGGUGAACAUGAUGACUUUAGCAGAACGAAUUAUUGAAGCUACUCCAGAACGAAUCAAACAGGAUAAUUUUGUUGCAUUGGAGACUUCACUAACUGAUCAAACAGACAACAUGGGCAUUAACAGUACAAUGAGCUGGCUGGCCAGUUACCUCGCCGAUGUAGAUCAGUUGCCCACUGCCGUUCAGAUAAGGUCGUUAUACAGUGAACCCCUGACCCCUUCUUCUAACACCAGCUUGAGUCCUGCUGACUCUCCAAUUCGUGAAUUUACUUUUGAAAAGCCAAGCCUUCCAUCUGCAGCUGACUGGUCAGAAUUUCUAAAUGCGUCCACCAGUGAAAGAAUGGAGAAUGAGUUUUCCCAGCUGACAUUGUCAGAUUACGAACAGAGGGAGCUGUACGAAGCAGCAAAGCUUGUGCAGACAGCAUUUAGAAAAUACAAGGGUCGUCCCCUGAGGGAACAGCAGGAACUGGCUGCUGCUGUUAUUCAGGGUUGUUACAGGAAGUAUAAACAGCUUACGUGGAUAGCCUUGAAGUUUGCCCUUUAUAAAAAGAUGACUCAGGCUGCUAUCCUCAUCCAGAGCAAGUUCCGUAGCUACUAUGAACAGAAGAAGUUCCAGCAGAGUCGGCGAGCAGCACUACUUAUCCAGCAGUACUAUCGAAGCUACAAGGAAUUUGGCAAACAAAGGCAAAGGCGACGGGCCGUGGCCAUUGUACAGCAGAAAAUAAGGAGCAGCCUGUUAACAAAGAAGCAGGACCAAGCUGCAAGGAAAAUAAUGAGGUUUUUACGCCGAUGUCGCCACAGCCCUCUGGUGGACCAUAGGCUGUACAAAAGGAUAGGCUUUCUGGACCCAAAGGGCCUGUUUUCAGAACCAACCUGGGCCUCUAGGCAGACACAGAGGAGUAAACAGAGCGAAAGAAUUGAGAAAGGCCAAGGAACCUGAAGUGAUACAUCAGCACCCUCAAGCGAUGUGACAUUGCUUUUUAAACUGUUUUCUUUUAUUGUUUUUUAUCAAGAGACCUGCAACAAGAAAAAAAAAAGCUGCAGCUUUCAGAAGAUUGCCGGCUGCAGCAUUUUAAUAAGUGUUUUUUUGGUCAUUGCAUUUGCACUUUCAUGGACAGCAUUUUAGUUUGUUCAGUAAGACAUCACAGAACUCUGCUUCUGUUGAAUCAUGGGGGGAAAGAAAAAAGGACAGCAUUCAGGCAAGAAUGACCAGCAGGACUUCAUUUUGUUUGGAGAAAGCCUGUCUUACUUAUAUAGGGCUGCAGUCCAGUGUAUGUGUAUGUGUGUAGAAUCUGUACAAAUAUGAUACCAAAAACGGAAAUUCUUUGGAAGAAAUGUGGACACUGAAGUAGCAAGAAGCUCUUCUCACACCUGAUAAUAAAUUCCAUGGAGUGGAAUCAUCAAGAAUAUCAUGACGGAUCUAGAAAUGUGUUGUUUAGAGCUUCUUUAAGAGAAUUAAUUGUUUUUCAGUACCCUUUGCAAUUUUUCUUUUCAAGAAGUCUUAUUCAGUGUGUGUGUUUUUUUUAUCACUUUCUUUGCCGUCAUUUAUGAUUUCAGGCACAGUUGCCAAAUUUCAGGUUUGGAGUUGGGAGCUGGGGUGGUUAUAUUCACCUUUCUAGGUUCAGUAUUGUUAAAGAAUACAGACAGAAUGAACUGAAGCAAGGCACUCUAAGAAGUAAAAGGCGGUUCUUUUUUAAUUUCUCUCCAAACCUUAUGUGAUUCCUGAUUACUUUAUCUCACUGUUUGGUCUGUCAUGUCCAGCACUUUAUUUUUGCCUUACAUUUAGAUGUGUUUGUUUGUGUGUUGUUUUCAAGUUCUGCGUUAUUUAUUGAAAAUAAUUUUUAAAGUGAAAGGCUUUUUUAAUAAACCUUCCAACUCAUUGUAGUUGUGAAAGGUUACAUACAUUGCCUUGACAUCAUAUCAACAUUGAACUGGUAUGAUGCAGCCUCACGGCCAGUAAAUUCCAUAUUUUGGCUAUUUUUUCAUAACCUGAUUGGUUCCUGUACAUAUAUAUAGAAGGUAGCAACGGAAAAAAAAUGAGAAUACUAUUUGCAAAAGGGAUUAUAUUAAAAAUUUAUUAAAUAUUUUAUUCAUGAAAGGGUUAAUAACACGGCAAGUGAGGAUGAGAGUUUGUAUAGUUUUUGUCUGAAUGAGAACGAACUAUCAGAUUGUAUUGUUUGUACAUGCUGUAUAUACUAAAACAAAGAAAUGUGCAUGACAUUUAAAAAAAGAAAUGAGUAAAUCAAAGCAUUAGUGGCUAUGGUCUGUAAAAUGAAACAGAAACAAUUUAUUUCACUAUAAGAGUAUUUUAUUUUAAUGUUCUUUAGAAGGACAUUUUGCUGAAGCAUGACUGCAAAAACAGAGCUACUGUAUUUAGAUGUAGACAAAAAGCAGAGUACUUUAAAAAAAAGGUUAUGUUUACAUAAUUCAUGGGAUUGGGUUUUAUUGGGGGAGUAAGGGAUACUGGGAGGUAUUAUAUUUUGAUUUAGGUUUAUUUUUUGGCUACCAGGAGUUUAACUUUUUAGCCGAUGGUGCCAGGUAAUGUGAAUGCUACAUUGCUUAACAAAAAAAUAAGUUUUAUCUUUGCAAAGCAGAUAAUCAUAAGAGAACAAGAACAGUAUAUAUUAGCUAACACCAUAAACUCACUCCAGAACAAAGAACACUUAGAUGAAACAUAGGUUGAAAUUAAAAAAAAAAAUAGUUAAUUAACAGUAGGAAAAUAUACCUUCCACAUUGUCAUAUCUUCUUGCUGAACGUAACUGAUUUAAAAAAAAGUUGCACAAAUUUUUUUCAAAAAAAGAAAAAAGAAAAAAAAAAAGAAAAAACUAAGAUGCCGCCAGCUGGUCUCCUAAGGGGUAUCAUGGUACAGAAUGUCAGAGUUCCAGCCGGUGACUGAGCCAAAGAAAUGGAGAAAGGUUUGUUUCUGUUGUCAAUAGCAGCUGGAAAAAGUUUAAAAUGUGAUGAAAAUGUUUGCCAGAGGGUUAACUUUUUGACUAAACUCAUUUUAUCCUUGACAACCAUUUUUGUUUCAGGUUAAAUAAUGGCUAGGUUGCAGUUCACUCAGAGUUGCUGGAAAUCAUUUUUAAUAUGGAAUGUUCCAGGUGGCACUAUCAGUGGAGUGUCUUCUUUUUUCUAUACAUGACAUUUUUUUAAAGCUAGCUUUUCAGAUGGGGAAUACAUGAUUAUUAUGUCUCUCACCAUACCACUGUCUAUUCCAUAUUUGUUUGUAACAGAUCACUGUAACGGGAUAGCAGUUCUCAGGAAGUAUGCAGCGUUCAGAUCUGGAGAUUAUUCAUACUUGCACUUUGCUGUAUAAAACAUUUUUUCACUUGCUCUCUACUACACUUCAGUAGCUUCUAAUCUAACACUUUCUGCAAUAUUAAAGCAGAACUAUAGUUAUGGAAGGUGCAGCUGAACCUCUCUUUAUUACUGAAGCAGUAUUCAUUUCCUGCUGUACAGACAGAGAUAAAAAAAUACAGUGGGUUCACCAGCUGAGACACACAACCACAAAAUACAUUUUUUUAUCAAUGGAAAAUGUCCUCAUGCAACAUACAAGGGGUAGAGCCCCCCCCCCCCCUCCACACACACAUAAGAAUAUGUACUAGUUCUGAGUUCAUUGUAACUUGGAGCUGGCAGAAUAUUCCUGCUGAGUUAAAAAAAACUGCUUUUUUUUAUGAAAGCUGACUUUCACACACCCAGUGCUGCCAGAACAGCAAAUGAUAAGUGCUUUUUGUGAUAUAACAUGUCAUUGAUGGCAGAAUAGCCUGUAAUUGUUAUUGUAUGUGGCAUCAUCUGCAGUUCAGUUGUUUUGAUGCAUUGUACAAGUUCAGGAAAUGGAGUGUUUCUUGAGACUGGCAGGUCUGGAUUAAUGUGAGAAAGAGUUGCAAGUCUCUGAAGUUGUGUUGCAUUCUAACAGUUGUCAUUGAAUACUGUUUACCUCUGAGGUUCUGUCAUACCCAGAGCUGCACUUUUAAAAUGGAGUAUUAGCUGCAGAUUUUUUUCCUAGUGCCUUUGAUUCACCCUGUUAUAAAAUGGCAAGGAAAAAUUUGGAACUCUGGUGGGUCAGUCUACGUCUGGGACACUGAGAUUAACUCAGGACAACCUCAUUAUAUCAUUUUCCCUCACAGGUUACAUUUAAAUUUAAGUUGCAUCUGGGUCCUUUGUAUGACAGCAGUAAGGCACCAUAGAGUUCAGAUUAUGGGAGAGUUGAUCAUUUGUCAUGUUACUCUCACUUGGUUGCACUGUGUGUCAGCAGUAUAUAAGGACAAACUUGAAUAGGAAUGUACACACUGUUAUGCCUUAGUGCUUAGGUAUAUUGCAGAAAACAGUGAGUGAAAACGAAGAAGUUUCAUUCAAAGUGCAGCAGAGAUGAGCCCUACACUUGACUGUGGAGUUCUUUUUGUUGAUUGUUUCUUAUUAGCCCUUUCUAGAUAGUCAUUCUUUAAUUUAAAGACUCCUUUUAUGUUUCAUAUGAGGUGAAAGCAGCUCCAAGUUUUGCUUCCUCUUCAGAAGAGGUAUAGAUGCUGAAAUGGUAAGUCCUUUGAGAAAGUAAGGAGAGGAAGUGCUGAGCAGAGGCUGCUUUGCGCACAUACAUAGGUCUGUGAGUUUAGGAGGUUUAAUGCUGCAGUCUGCAGAAAGUGUUAAGUAUUUUGAACACAGUCCUUCCUUUUAUGUGCUGCUGGUUCAUACAGCAGUGCUUAGUCACAGCAUUUUGCAGCUAACAGUUGUCAGUCUUGCUUGUCUGAAUUUCUGAAAUCUUUUUUUAUGUAGAAUGUAAAAUUUUACCUUACUGUUCCAUCUCUUUGUCUUUUAAGUGUACCUAAUCUUUUAAAUGUGAGUGACAGUAUAUGUUAAUGAAAACUUUUAAAUUCCCAAGACUGAGUGGUUUUGGGCUUGUCUGUAGAACAUUGUUGCCUUGUAAACUACAUAAAACAAAUAUCUAUAAAUCUUGCACAGUUAAGUCAGAAUAUACUAUAAAGAUGAUAAACAUUUAUACUGGAAGGAGCAUGAUCACAAUUUGUGUUGCUAGUCCUGUGGCUGGCAUUCUGAAAGGCUAGCAUCAACUGGAGAGAAGUAUUAAUUCUGUCUUUUCUCUUGCAUCCAUAAAGGCCCUGGUCAGAAGUCUUUGUAAAAACGCUUGCACACCACUGUGUGUAUCUGAUGCAUUAAGUGCUAUCAACAAAACUGAUUUGUCAAAUGAAAUGAGGAGAUAUGUGAAGUUCUUGAAAUAUCUGUAACAUCUAAAUAUUUACAGCAUUUAAAGUUGCUUACAUGACUUGUGUAAAUAAAUAAAAUUCAGAAACCAUAACCACUACAUUUUCUGAAUCACAUUGUUUAUCUUAAGAAUGAAAUGAAUUAGAGUAAUUGUAAAAUACUCAGCAUUUCAAAAAUAAAUGCACAUUUUGGAUUCUAGUUUAGUAAUUGGAUAAUACUCACUAGUUACUAGUGUUUUCUUAGGUAAGUUAAACCAUGUAUAUAGUUUUUAACAAUGGCCAUUUAAAGAAUAUAUGGUUGGUACUAACCAUUCCCAGUCCCCGCUUACUAAGUAACUUUUAACAUCCUUGUAUACUUAAUGGGUAUUACAGAUAACUAAUUUGUCUACAAGAUAUUGAAAGUCAAUUACCUUACGUAGUAUACUGCGUAUGAAUACAUUAAGCAGAUACCAUUUAUGAGUAUCUUUUUGUAUAUUACAGGAAAAUGACUAAUAAAUUAAUAGUCACAGAAGAACAUUUUAUGAUAGUGUUAACUCAUGCUGAGGUUCAACACACAAACAUUUUUUCUCAAACUUUUUGGGGAUGGCUUAGGACCACUGGGCUAUUAAAAUGAAUCACUCAGCAGCACACAGCAAGAGGAGACUAUAGACAUCAAACCCAAGACAACAAGAUAGGCUAUCCAGUGUCACAACUACUGUAUUUACUUCUAUCUCAAGGAAUGCUGCAUAUCUGUUUUGGAGGGGGCACAGAAAUCUACACAGCAAAUUCAGAAAAUUUGGAGUGUAUAUAUAUAUAUAUAUAUAUAUAUGUAUAUAUAUAUAUAUAUAUCAACUUGAAAAAUACUACAUCUCUCCAUUAGAAAAAGCACAAUGUAUGAUUAUGUUGUUACCAGACACCCUUAUCUACAUAUCCAUGUUCCUCUAAAGUAGCUUUGCCCUUUUUAUAAACUGCAUAGCCAACUGUAAAAUGAGCGAAUGUGCUAUGCCAUGCUAUAAGAUAAUGCUGGCUACAGUACAGAGCAAUUUGUACGUAUAUCAUACAGCAUGAGGUUACCCCCAAAACAGGGUUAAUUAUUACAUAUUAAAUUUUCUCUUUCUCGUGUUAUUGUUGAUAAUUAUCCCAGCUAUCUAAAAUAUUCUUCACAAGUCCUUACAGUAGGUACAUGUAGUUUCAUUACAAGAUGAAAAAGGCAAUAAUGUAGGAGGGUAGUGGUUUCUGACUGCACUAGUCAUGUAGUAUGGUUUGAAAUAAUUUUGCCAUUUGGAAGAAAGAAAUAAAGAUUGUAUCAUGAAACCCCUAAUUAGUUGCACGCUUACAACAGUUCCAAACAGUAUGCUGUUGGUGCCCGACAGGGGGAUCCCCAAGACUUGCAUGUCAAACUAUUAUAGAUGUCUCUUUUUUGUAAGUUUUAUUUUUGUAAUUGUGCAUGUAAAAGCGUCACUGAUUCAAUGGAUCUGUUGAAGAACUCAGCUGCUGGAACCAUGCAAAAUGUUUUGAAUUGCCCUUAAAACUAUGGAAAAUGUUUUCUGAAUGCUUUAUAUUCUUUCUGCUGUAAAUUAAAAAUGAAGAAAAUUUCCCCA